CACUGGCCACUGUCCCUGCAGGGGCUGGCCAGGAUGUGGGCCGAAGCUGCAUCCUGGUCUCUAUUGGGGGCAAGAACGUCAUGCUGGACUGCGGGAUGCACAUGGGCUUCAACGAUGAUAGGCGCUUCCCCGACUUCUCCUACAUCACCCGCAAUGGCCGGCUGACCGACUUCCUGGACUGUGUGAUCAUCAGCCACUUCCACCUGGACCACUGCGGGGCCCUACCCUACUUCAGCGAGAUGGUGGGCUACGACGGGCCCAUCUACAUGACCCACCCCACCCAGGCCAUCUGCCCCAUCCUGCUGGAGGAUUACCGCAAGAUCGCCGUGGACAAGAAGGGCGAGGCCAACUUCUUCACCUCCCAGAUGAUCAAGGACUGUAUGAAGAAAGUGUCGGCUGUCCACCUCCACCAGACGGUGCAGGUGGACGAAGAACUGCAGAUCAAGGCCUACUACGCGGGCCAUGUGCUGGGUGCGGCCAUGUUCCAGAUCAGAGUGGGCUCGGAGUCUGUGGUCUACACGGGCGAUUACAAUAUGACCCCGGACCGGCACCUGGGGGCCGCCUGGAUCGACAAAUGCCGCCCCAACCUGCUCAUCACAGAAUCCACGUACGCCACGACCAUCCGAGACUCCAAGCGCUGCCGGGAGCGAGACUUCCUAAAGAAAGUUCACGAGACGGUGGAGCGUGGUGGGAAGGUGCUGAUCCCUGUGUUUGCAUUGGGCCGUGCUCAAGAGCUCUGCAUCCUGUUGGAGACCUUUUGGGAGCGCAUGAACCUGAAGGCCCCAAUCUACUUCUCCACGGGCCUGACGGAGAAGGCCAACCAUUACUACAAGCUGUUCAUCACCUGGACCAACCAGAAGAUUCGGAAGACCUUUGUCCAGCGGAACAUGUUUGAGUUCAAGCACAUCAAGGCCUUUGACCGGGCCUUUGCUGAUAACCCGGGUCCAAUGGUCGUGUUUGCCACACCAGGGAUGCUGCAUGCUGGCCAGUCCCUACAGAUCUUCCGGAAGUGGGCAGGGAAUGAGAAGAACAUGGUCAUCAUGCCCGGCUACUGCGUGCAGGGCACCGUGGGCCACAAGAUCCUCAGCGGACAGCGCAAGCUGGAGAUGGAGGGGCGGCAGGUGCUGGAGAUCCGGAUGCAAGUGGAGUACAUGUCCUUCAGUGCCCACGCGGAUGCCAAGGGCAUCAUGCAGCUGGUGGGCCAGGCAGAGCCUGAGAGCGUGCUGUUGGUGCAUGGCGAGGCUAAGAAGAUGGAGUUCCUGAAGCAGAAGAUUGAGCAGGAGUUCCGGGUCAGUUGCUACAUGCCGGCGAAUGGUGAGACGGUGACGCUGCCAACAAGCCCCAGCAUUCCCGUGGGCAUCUCGCUGGGGCUGCUGAAGCGGGAAAUGGCACAGGGGCUGCUCCCUGAUGCCAAGAAGCCGCGGCUCCUGCAUGGCACCCUGAUCAUGAAGGACAGUAACUUCCGGCUGGUGUCCUCAGAGCAGGCUCUCAAGGAGCUGGGCCUGGCUGAGCACCAGCUGCGCUUUACCUGCCGUGUACACCUGCACGACUCACGAAAGGAGCAGGAGACGGCCCUGCGUGUCUACAGCCACCUGAAGAGCCUCCUCAAGGACCACUGUGUGCAGCACCUUCCCGACGGCUCUGUGACUGUGGAGUCCACCCUCAUCCAGGCUGCUGCCCACUCAGAGGACCCAGGCACCAAGGUGCUGCUGGUCUCCUGGACCUACCAGGAUGAAGAACUGGGGAGCUACCUCACGUCUCUGCUCAAGAAAGGCCUGCCUCAGGCCCCCAGUGGAGGCAGCUGACCACAGCAGGCUGUCCUGCCCUUCCUCUGCCCAGCUGGAGGGCCCUGGGCUUCCCCUGUAUGACAGUGUCUGUGCUCGGCCUUCCCUCUGGGUGUGCAGCACACAGCUGGCCACAGCCCUCAAUUUGGGGACAUUGUCAGUGUCACAUCUGCCCAAGAGGCAGUUUUUGGUGGAAUAAAUAAAUAACCCUGGAGACUUCUUCACAUUUUA